AUGCCUGAAACGUUGCCCGAACAAGUUACAUUAGAAAAGACACCAGCAUAUUUCAUCAGCAAAACGGCACCAGAAAGGAUCCGGCAGUUGGACAAGAAUAUGAAGUUGAUCGUUGUUGUACGCAAUCCGAUCACACGCGCCAUUUCAGACUAUACACAAGCUGUGAGUAAACGAAAACGGAGCGCAUCGAUGCCGAGUUUUGAAGCUAUGGCAAUGCGGCGACUACCUAUUGGUGAUCAUUCCACGAAUAAUUGUUCAGCUUUCAAUCGAACAGUGAUUAACGCUUCGUGGGGUGCAAUCCGUAUUGGUAUUUACCAUCGACAUAUCAAGAAAUGGUUACAAUAUUUCACACUCGAACGAAUACAUUUCGUGGACGGUGAACGCUUAAUCACGAAUCCAGCAACUGAAAUUCGUGCAGUUGAGAAAUUUCUAAACGUUAAGCCAACCGUAAGACCAUCGGAUUUCGCAACCGAUCCAAUUAAAGGAUUCCCAUGCGUUCUUCGUGCUGAUGGUACAAUGCAUUGUCUUGGCAAAACCAAAGGUCGUGCCCAUCCGCGCGUGCGGAAGGAUGUGAUGCGAUGUCUACGCGAAUAUUACGAGCCUGAAAAUGAGAAAUUUUUCCGACUCGUCAAUCGAAGGUUUCAUUGGUGA